AUGAAGGCCGAGGAAGCUGUCACGGAAUACGCCACCGGAAAUAUCGUCCACGAUCGGCAUUAUCACCCGUUUCAGCUCGACAAAGUGGUGACACGACACGACGACUCAUUGAUGGUAAAACGUCAUUCCGAGGGGAAAGCCAUGGAUCCAUACGAAGUAUGGGGUACUGCUCCAUGGGUGCAACAACUGUCCCUGACACGAUUUAGAGAUGAAUGGCUACUGGACCCAAUUCAGUUGCUUAGCUGGCUUCCAUUGGUGCUGGAUAACAUGGAUGAUAGACCAGGAACAUUGAUCAGCUAAGCGGGGUUCCGUUGACGCGUUCUUCCUUUGCACAUUAAAAUUGCUUUUCGCCCGUAUGUGGCUUUGAUAUUCUUCUGGUUAUAGGAUUUUAGAUCCCCC